AUGUCGUUCUUUAAAAGACUCUUUGCAAGAAACAAACAGACGUCGCACCGCAGAACCGAGGCAGCGACGCGCGAUCUGGACUCGGAAUACGUGUUUGUGGCCGGUCCAGAAGCAGAACAUGACACCAAUGUAGGGGUGGAAGGCGUGGUUCUGGAGACGCGCUCGGCGUUUGCGGAGGAUCCUGCCGAGGUGGACGUUUCAGCAUGGGAGAUGGCUCGGAACUGGACCAAACGUGGACCAGAAAAGGUCACGGUUCCAGUGACUAGCUCAAAGUCGCAGCGCCUGGCGCAGCGGAUCGAAACAAUCCGCAAAAUGCGUGGCUCCAACCGGACAGUAGUGGCCAACGCCAGCGCUUCGAACGACAACAGUGAUCGUCGUGCCGCUUGCUCCGUUUUGGAGUACAACGAUGUGUCUAUGGACGAGGAAACAGAGUGUUUGUUCGACGAUAAAUGGAACCGCAAAACCAAAGUCGAAUCGCGUAGAGACCGUCUCAGCAAGUUCGGAGCUUGA